AUGUCGACAGAUAAACUGGCAACGCCAUUUGCUAACCACUUGAAAAAUGAUUCUCGUGAUUCCCAAGACAACAACCACCACCACCACCCACCACAGCUAGACUCAUUCACAUCUCAAAGAUCACCACGUUCAAGCCACGCCUUCUCCCGCGAAGAACUACCACCAAUAGAACAGGAAUUGACCGAUAGCGAAGACGAAGAUGAAUUCAUCCGCAGAUUCGGCGAUAUCAAUUUCCAAUACAUCAAGCCUCCCCGCGACAACUUCUGGUUCAUCAAGCCGCACGCGCUCAACUAUUUCAAAGACGGGAUAUUGUUCCGCACAAAAGGCGAACGUGGGUCCGCCAAAACGGAGUUGUUUUUGGAUUUGCUCUACGUGGGGUUGAUUGCCAAUCUAGCAGGCGAGGCAAGCGAACAAGCCUCGGGGAUCGCCAUCUUGAAAUACGUGCUAUUUUUCAUCCCCAUCUGGACGGUGUGGGCCGACAUCAAGGACUUCACAAACUACUACUACAACGAAGACUUGAGCCAGAAAAUAUACAUCUUUUGGAUAUUGUGCUUGUUGACGCUCUACGUCAACUCCCACUAUGCCGUCUUGCGCUCGUACGGAGACGCGGCAGUCACAAUCGUGCCCUAUAUGCUAUGCCGCCUAUCGCUAGCAGCGUCGUUGUUAAUCUACUCCUUCUAUAUCCCCGAACAUCGCGCACAACAGCGACUCUACUCCGCGUGUCUCGUGGUGACGUCGCUCUGUUGGCUAGCUGUGAUAUUCACCACCUCGACCCGCGUCAAGAUUGCGUUAGCGUUUGUUUUUGUCUUUCUCGAGCAAGUAAGCUUCUGCAUAUGCUAUCAUCCAUGGACAAAGAAGAUCAUGAAAUUGACCACGUCAACAGCAUUAAAUUUGGAGCAUGAAGUAGAACGCUUCUCGGUGUUUGUCACCAUUGCCAUUGGCGAGUUCUUGUAUAAGGUGGUCGCUACUGGCUCCUUGGGGAUUGGGUUCUCGUCCAAAUUUGCCCGCGGCGUGUUUUUGUUAGCGGAUGCCUAUGUCCUAUUUUGGCUUUACCAAUACGGAGGCACGAGCCAGCGCGCAGUGCACCCCUUGAGAAAUAGCGGAUGGCACGCCGUUUGCUGGAUCUAUGCGCAUUUGCCGCUUGUUGCGGCCUUGGUGUUGGCGGCUGAUGCCGGUGGUGAAUUGUGUGCCUUGGACGUUACCAGCACGGCAAAGACACACCACCAAGUCCACGAAUUAAGCACAGGCAAAAGACAAGAAGGAGAAGGAGAAGAAGAGAUGAACAUGUAUGGAUUAUCGUUCUUUUAUACUGGUGGGAUAUGCGUCGCGUUGGUUUCAAUGUUUAUCUUGGGUAUGCUUGAGAAAACCAGAGAUGAUCCCCGGCUAUUCAUCCUCCCGCAAAAAAUUCGCGUAUUGUGGCGAUUGCCCUUUGGAAUAAUGAUUGUGAUGAUCAGUUUUGCCGAGAUGAAUACGACUUUGUUGAUGGGUAUCGUCACCAUGCUCUUGAUUAUAUUGUUGGUUUUCGAGAGCUUUGUUGCCACGCCGCGAAGCUGCUUGUUUUACGGAUAUAACCGUGACCGCGAAUGCGAACUACCACGGGCACAUUCAGCUUGA